GGAGCGGAAGCGGAAGUGGCGGCGGCGCCGGCCUGGCCUGGCCUGGCUCAGGGGAGGCGGCGGGCGGGCGCGAUGGCGGAGGCCGGGCCACAGGCGCCGCCGCCCCCGGGGACCCCCAGCCGGCACGAGAAGAGCCUGGGGCUUCUCACCACCAAGUUUGUGUCGCUUCUGCAGGAGGCCAAGGACGGCGUGCUUGACCUUAAGCUGGCAGCUGACACGCUAGCGGUGCGCCAGAAGCGGAGGAUUUAUGACAUUACCAACGUGCUAGAGGGUAUCGGCCUGAUCGAGAAAAAGUCCAAGAAUAGCAUCCAGUGGAAGGGCGUGGGGCCUGGCUGUAAUACCCGGGAAAUCGCUGACAAGCUGAUUGAGCUGAAGGCCGAGAUCGAGGAACUGCAGCAGCGGGAGCACGAACUGGACCAGCACCGAGUGUGGGUGCAGCAGAGCAUCCGAAAUGUCACAGAGGAUGUGCAGAAUAGUUGUUUGGCCUACGUGACCCAUGAGGACAUCUGCAGAUGCUUUGCUGGAGAUACCCUCCUGGCCAUCCGGGCCCCAUCGGGCACCAGCUUGGAGGUGCCCAUCCCAGAGGGCCUCAACGGGCAGAAGAAGUACCAGAUUCACCUGAAGAGCGUGAGUGGCCCGAUCGAGGUGUUGCUCGUGAACAAGGAGGCGUGGAGCUCACCGCCGGUGGCGGUGCCCGUGCCACCCCCUGAAGACUUGCUCCAGAGCCCACCCGCCGUGUCCACCCCCCCGCCCCCGCCCAAGCCUGCCCUGGCCCACCCCCAGGAGACCUCGCGCCCCAGCAGCCCCCAGGUGGUCACCUCCACACCCGUGCCUGUGAGCACCGGAGCCCAGGGGGUGGCAGGGACAGCAGCCGAGAUCACAGUGAGUGUUGACCCUGGAACCGAAAGCAAGGACAGUGGUGAGCUCAGCUCUGUCCCGCUGGGCCCGACGGCGCUGGACACGCGGCCGCUGCAGUCGUCUGCCCUGCUGGACAGUAGCAGCAGCAGCAGCAGCAGCAGCAGCAGCUCGUCUGCACCCCACCCUUCUACCUCCUUUGAGCCCAUCAAGGCGGAUCCUACAGGCGUUCUGGAGCUCCCCAAAGAGCUGUCAGAAAUCUUCGACCCCACCCGAGAGUGCAUGAGCUCGGAGCUGCUGGAGGAACUGAUGUCCUCAGAAGUGUUUGCCCCCCUCCUCCGCCUUUCUCCACCCCCGGGAGACCACGAUUACAUCUACAACCUGGACGAGAGCGAAGGAGUCUGUGACCUCUUUGAUGUGCCUGUUCUCAACCUCUGACUGGCAGGGACGUGCCCCGUGUGGCUGGGAGAGACUGACAUGGGGCUGCCAGGCGACCCACCCCCACCCCAGCCCACGCAGCCGAGCCGCUGCCCCCCAGGCUCCUCUCCCGCGCCAACGCCUGUGCUGGGUGGGUAGGGAACUGCCACAGCGCCUGCCACCCAGGAGCCGAGUGUUCGCCUCUCCUGUCCGGGCCCUUCGUCCACCUUGUGCCCUUCGUGAGCCCUGCCACCCAGUGGCACAGACCCCCAGAGCCCGUCGUCACCCACCCCUAUAGGGCAGCUUGUCCAGUCCCCGUGCCCACUCCCCUUCCUGCCCGCCUGCCCCUGCCCCUGCCCCUGCCCCUCAGCGGAACCUCACAGUCUCUCUUCGGCUGGGCCCUUAGCCCUAGGACCUGCAGGCGUGGGGGGUGCUGACAGCAAGGAACACAGGUCUCUAGAUAAGCGUGCCUGCAGGUGAGAGCCCGGGAUUGGUACCCAGCCUGCCCGCCGCCCAUUAGCCCCUCUCGUUUAUUCAUUUCCCCUCAUUUAGAGCCAUUUACAGAGAUUUAGAAAUAUUUGCAGUAACGAAUGGAUUACUAUAUAAAGAUUAUUUUUAUACUUUUUGCAGCAAAAGGAAAUUGUAAUAUUUGUACAGUGGCCACGUAAAUAAAGACCAUGCCUAAGGC